UCCUUAUUGCUACAAAGUCGCUCUCUUUUUCUCAAAUUGCAAAAGAGGACAAAAUCAGACUCCACAUUGAUCCCGUCAAUUUCCUUCACGAGAAUAAUACAAGAACUCUCACCUACUCGACUUACCUCUUUUAUCCUUUUCGUAAUUUUGAAACUCUAAACCCUACAGCAGCACUAAAACCUACUCCCAACCCCCAAAACUCCGCCGGAGACCUUCUCAUCCCCGCCGGAACCACCACCAUCACCAUGAACUCCACCUUGUCUCUUGGCUCAUCCUUCUUCCCCUCCACCGCUAACCCCAAUUUACCAUCCCGUCCCUCCAUUUUCUCUAUCCCAACAACUGCUGCUAAGACCCACAACAAAGGAUUUAUCCUAAAGGCAUCCACCAAUGCUAAUUCAAACCCAUUAAUCUCUACCCUCAAAACCGCCAGCGUCGCCGCUGUUUUUGCCGCAGUGGCCUUGGGGAAAUUCCCUGUAGAAACGCCAUUGGCAAGAGCUGAAACCCCAACAGCUGUACUAGAAGAGCAACAACAGGAGGAGCAACAACAACAAGAAGAUUCUCCACUGACCCAGUUUUUAGAAUCCAGUCCUGAAGCCAUUGAUACAUUGAAAAAUCUCCUCCAGGAAAAACUGGAGGCAGGGGAGGACGAGGAGAGCCUGAAAAUACUGAAGAAAUUAUCCUCUGCCCAGCCGGAGAAUACCGAAUGGAAGUUCCUGACGGCAAGGUUGUUAAACGAAAUGGGGAAGGUACAAGAAGCAAGGGAAGUUUUUGAAGAGAUCUUAUCGAAGAAUCCACUCUCGUUCGAGGCAUUGUUUGAGAAUGCAUUGUUGAUGGACAGGAGUGGAGAAGGGGUGAAAGUGAUUCAGAGGUUAGAGGAAGCAUUAAAGAUAGCUGAGGAAGAGAACAAAGUUAAGGAAGGUAGGGAUGUUAGGUUUAUAAUGGCACAAGUACAGUUUUUGCAGAAGAAUGUUGAGGAUGCAUUGAGGAGUUAUGAUGAGCUUGAAAAAGAGGAUCCUAAAGAUUUCAGGCCUUACUUUUGUAAAGGGAUGAUUUACAGUUUACUUGAUAGGAAUAAAGAGGCUAGAGAGCAAUUCGCAAAAUAUCGCGAGCUAUCUCCUAGGAAAUUUGAAGUGGAAGGUUAUCUGCAGACGCCUUUGUCGAGAAUGAAGCUCUUUGGUACUGACGAGAAAGAGAGUUGAAUUUGAUUGAAAUGGAGUUUAUGGUGGUUCCGAUACAGAGUUUUAAGCAGCAAAUGACUUUUUCGAGGAAGGUGGAAGCUAUUAACUUUGGUAUACAUUACUUUAUUUUGAAUUAUAUGAAGAUAAGAUGAAGAAGAUUAAUUAGGCAAUGAAAUAAAAGAAUAAUUGCUAAAGUCUAGUUAUAUUCUAGACGGAUUCAUAUAUGAACAUCAGCAGGUGAUUUCUGCUUAGACUCUUGACUUAAAGUUACAGUCAAUUUGGAUUACUUGCCUUUGCA